GCACGUGCGUUUUGUUAUUGUUGUUGAAGUUGAACGUGAAGCCAAAGAUUUCGUGCCGCUGAUUCAAACAGAGUAGAGUGUAGAGUACAACAGAGUAGAGUGUAGAGUACAACAGAGCAGAGUGCUGAGUGUAGAGUAGAACAGAGUACUGAGUGCUGAGUACUGAAUGUAGAGUAGAACAGAGUGCUGAGGGGGAAAAACACCUGAAUUUCAACUGAAUCAACAUCAACAAGGUCUGAAGAAAUCAUUCCAGAAGUAAUGAUCAGCUCUCCAGGGAAUGUUGGACCGACAGAAGCUCCAUCUCCUCUUGGACUCUGAAACUGCCAUGGAGAAGGAAGAGCAUUGGAAGGUGAAGUUCAGGAACGUGGCUCAGACGUAUUUCCCUCAAACCCGAGUUGAAUGUCGCUACACACUGAGCUGUGAACACAACUGGAGCUGUCGUGACUGGAUCGGUCUCUUCAAGGCCGGCUGGACGUCAGUCAGGGAUUAUCACACGUACGUCUGGGCUCUUGCUCCUGAAGAUUACACACCGGCCAACGACGUGAACUGCAGCAUCCUGUUCCACCCGUGUUAUCUGCCGAACCCCGGCGCGACAGUGUACCAGUUUGUGUACGUGGAUGUGCUGGGUGAGAUCUGUGCAGUCAGUCCUCAGUUCACCUUCAGCUCUCCAAAACCUCUGGAUGAACUGGUGACUCUGGAGGAGGAGAGAAACGGAGAGGAAGAAAACGAAGGAGAGGACUUGCUGCUCGUCGUGCCCAGAGCUCAGAUACUGCAGAGCCAUCUAGAAGCCUGUCAGAAAGAACUGUCACUGUUACAGAAGAAGCUCAGAGCAUCCAGCAUGGAACUGGAGAAACACCGAGAGAGAAACGAGACGGAAAGGAAGGAGUUUGAAACGGAAAGAACGGAGCUGAGGAAUGAGAUCAAAGAGCUGAGAGAGCGACUGAGAUGCAGUGAGGAGAUGAUUGAAAGAAUGGAAGAUCAACAAAAGGACGUUUUAAAGUCUCGUGAAAACAUUUCAGUGGAGUUUAGCAGCUUGAUAACAGAAAGAGCUGAAAAUCACCAACGGAUCAAAGCCCUGGAGGAGGACGUGAGCAGCUUAGUGCAGCAGAAACAAGACGCCGAGGCUGAGUUAGAGCGGAUGAAGGAGCGAGUAAAAAAGCUGACGAUACAAAGGAAGGACGAGGAGGACGGGAGGAGGAACUUACAGAUGGAGAGUAAACGUUGUCAUGAGGAGUUUCAGCUUCUUCAGGAGCGUCUGGAGAACAGCGAGCGCAGCGCAGAAGGGUUACGGCGAGACCUGAGUGAACUCCGAGCGCUGCAGAGCCAGAACCAGGCUGAGCGUCACCAGAUCCGACUGCAGGCGGCUCAAACCACGCUGCAGCUUUCACAGGCCAACCUGAACCUCCGAGAAGGACAAGCAGCGUGGGCUAAAGAACGAGAGAACCUGAGGAAGAGUGCAGAGCUGGAUAAGGAACGCGUCCAAAAACUGAGUCAUGAGCUUCAGAAGAAGGACGAAUGGCUCCAGGAAGAACGAACAGAGCGAGAGAAACUGGAACUGGAGCUCGGGAACGAGAAAGCGUGCAACCGAGUAAACAAAUCUGAGUUCCGCGCGAGUGUCCGAGCCCUGCAGAAGGAGCGAGAGCAGCAGCAGCUGGAGAAACAGGAGCUUCUGGAUCACAUCCAAGUGAUCCGGCUGCGUAUGGAGAGUGAACGGGACGCUGCCCGGAAUAAACCGGUGUUUGGAGGCAGGACAGUGGUGAACAGUGAAAGCGCUGCAUCACCUGCAGCUCUGCAGAAAUCCGACUGUAACGAAGUGGGAGGAGCCGAAACAGUAAACCUGCAGCAGGCGGAGCAUCCGGGGGCCAAAGCUACGGAGCAGGAAACAGGAUGUGGAGGAGGAUUUGGAAAGUGAACCACAGACUCAAUCUGAGAUCAAAGAGAAUGCACUCAGUGAGUUUACUGAUGCCCCCUUCUGGUGAAAAGCAGAAAUGCAGCAAUGAAACAUGAACGCACACACACUGGAAAAUCUGAUGCUGCGAGUUAAUAUCAGCACCAGCACAUCAUGUGCUCAAGAGGAGUGUAACAUAUCAAAAACAGAAUUGUGCAAGCUCACCGUGUGUGUGUGUGUGUGUGUGUGUGUGUGUGUGUGUGUGUGUGUGUGUUUUAUCGUAUGAAUGUGUGUGAACUUUUUACUUGCUGAAUAAAUGUUUCUGAAAUUAUUCUAAUAUUAUAAAUCCAAUCAAACCCAAACUUCACUGCACAGUAAGCUGUAAUCGGUUAUGAGACUCGACUGUAGCGCAGAAUAAUCCACUAACUAGUUAACUAGUGUAGAGUCAGCUCAUCAUUAAUUGGGGUGGAACAACCAGGUGAUUUGGAUCGGAUUUAAAAGUCAGUGACUGAAAUGACUCGAGGCAGCAGUCAGAAAUGAUCAGAGGUGGACUUCAGUUCUGUACUUAAGUACACUUUUUGAGUAUCUGUGCUUUACUUGAGUAUUAUUUUUUUGGAAACUUAUGACUUUAACUUCACUACAUUUGAAAGACAAAUAUUGUACUUUUUACUCCAUUACAUUUCUAUCAAGGUCCUCAUUACUCGUUACUACGAAAUGGCUUUGAAAGUGGAUGGUUUUUUUCCUUUUUUUUCUAAAAUGUGAUUGGGUUUUUUUUGCAGGUGACACUGAGAGCCGAUCAGUAAUCACUAGGGUCACGUCUCAUCCAUAGACUUUAAAAUCAAGAUCAAUUUCUCAUCAGCAUUAUUUGAACUCAAUCAGUCGAUGGCGGAAUGGAAGGAGGCGGUUCUUCUGGGGAAUGAACGCACUCAUGGCUUUACCUAGAACCCAUGCUUCAGUUUUCUGAAAGGAUUAAAGAUUUGUUUCGUUUUAAAUGUUUGCUGAAAACGAACCACAUUACAGCCUACAAAAACUCGCCACCCAACCUGCGGAAGCAUAUUGAGGUAUAUAAACAUUUUAUUCCAAGAGAAAGCUUGCAAUGAAGUUGCCUGUGCUUUUAGAGCUAGCGAUAACGUUGCAAUAGCUGUGCAGUCUGGUUAGUCAAAUGACUUUCUAUGGAUUUUCCCACCAAGUUGCCAUAGAUGGCUAACGUUUACACAUAGCUAGUUAACUUGGACACUAUUAGUUAGCAUGUAAACAUGGAGUUACGCUAACAUGGAUAACGUUAACUUAUCUGAAGUCCUUUCAGAAAUGUUUUAGCAUAAUCUUGCCAAAUAAAUAGAAUGUAGAAAUCUUUCUUUUCUAGUAACGUUAGCUACACAAUAUGAUUUCGAGUUUGAAAAGAGUUUGCUAGCAUGUCAGGUGGAGCUUCACUGACUAGCUAGCUUAACGUUAAACCACCAUGAUGCACAGCAUGCGUUCAUUUUGUGAAUUCACAUUUCUGUCUUUGGUAACAGCAUUAGGUUUUUUAAGGGUUGUGGCAAAAACCCAGCGGGAUCUGUAGUUUGACUUAAGUAAUGAAGUUGAGUUCUUUGUCCACCUCUAGAAAUUAUAUAUAAAAAAGAGAAUUGAUGUGUAAAUAAUUUAACUAGCGAGCUGGUUUGUCCAUGAACUUCAAAUAUUUCUUCACUUUGUCAUCAUCAUUCAGUAAUAAACCCAGACUUUGAACAAAUUUGGUUGCAUCUUGAUCUGGUGUCAGAAUCCGAGGCAUCGAUCAGAACUGAACUCCUGCCUCAGGACUUGUGUCAUGGAGAAGCCUCAACCACUGCCUCAACACACUGAUGAAGAGCUUCUUAAAUUCUGUUCUUUGUGAAUGAAGUUGUUGAUAAAACGGUUUAUUUAUUGACAUUGUUCCUGGUGUCAUUUCUACAGUCAGAGUUUUGAAUAAAGUGUUUUAACAA